GUAUCUACCUAUCUUAUAACUUAAUACAAUUGCAGAUAACCUUCUUCUACUAUCUAUCUAGCUUCUAGAAAGAUGAAGCUUUUGGCGCUGUAUUGCCUCCAACUGUUAACAGCGACAGUAUCUACCCAACACGUCGCUCUGCCAUACGGUAUACAAAUGAAAUCCAACGCCCAGAAGCCCCUCAUGGACAUCGGUCCCGUCAUGCCACCAUCACAACAACCUGGAGGCUCCGAGCAGCCAUCUCCCCAAGGAGGAGUUCUUAUCUCUGAUGUGAUGGGUCGAGAUCGUAGCAUCAACAUAUUCGCUGGAUUCACCCGCGACAUCGCCUCGAUAUCCUCCCGCCUCGACGACUCGUCUAAAAACAGUACCGUCCUCGCCCCGCGGAAUUCAGCCGUCGACAAGCUACCGCGCAAACCCUGGGAAAACCCUAAAGACUACGAUGCGCUUGGCACUAACGCAUAUGAGGGCGAGGACGGACAAGAUAGAGCUCACAGGAACUUGAGGCGGUUCGUAGAGGCGCAUGUAGUCUCUGUUAGCCCUUGGCAAGAGGGGGAGAAGGUUAAGACGCUACUUGACGGGGACAGAGAAAUAUGGUGGGAGAUGAAAGAUGGUGUUAGAGUGAUCCAACCUGACGGGAUCCAAGUAGAUAGUAUCGCGAGUCGAGUUGGGAAUGGCGAGCUAUGGAUUCUAAACGGAGUACGAAACUAUGUAUAGACGCUAAAACUGUACUAGGUGGUAUAAUAUGGCAUUAGGAACUGUUGUUUGAAUUGAUGAGCGACCACUAUAUAGGUAACUAUAGUCUAUGAUGUAUUUUGUUGGGAUGGCUUUGGUACUGGUUCAGCUUAUGAAUGGAGUUUGGGAGGAUACAGCCUACUAAUAGUACAGAUAACUUCUGUAAUUUAGGUACCUAGUAUUAGGGAUUUGCUUAGGCCUAUGGUAUUUUGACUUACAUAGCUCGGUAUGUGGGAGCAAAUAUGGUCAAAUUUGGGCCGGUUGGGUGUUUGAUCUACCUACCUAGGUACCUACCUACCUUAGUAUGUAAGGAAGGAAGUGUAUCAAGAACAUUUAAUAUGACCGCGGUUCUGAAA